AUGACGAGGCUAUUUUCAGGAAUUCUUGCUGCUGUCGUUACUCCAUUAGAUGCCACCGGAGAAGUCGACUUGAAGGGAAUCAAAAAACAGGUCGAUAGACUUGUUGCUGCAGGAAUUCAUGGUAUUGUUACUACCGGCACCACAGGUGAAUUCCCUGCUCUCACACUUGAUGAGCACAAGAGUGUGAUCAAGGCGUAUGUUGAUGCAGUGGAUGGCAGGCUUCCAGUGGUAGCAGGAAUGGGAAGCAACAGCACUCGUGAAGCUAUUGAAAUGGCUCAAUACUCUGAAAAGGUCGGCGCUGCUGCUUGUAUGAUUGUCCCACCUUUCUAUGACCCUCUUACAUUCAAGGCGCUUUACAAAUUUUAUGAGGAUGUUUGUGGGUCAAUUUCGAUUCCAGUUAUGUACUACAACUUGCCUCAUGCUACCGGGGUACACCUUACGGCAGACCAAUUUCGGUCCCUUUCUGAAAUUGAAGGUUUCGAUUUCGUGAAAGAUACCUCAGGAAAUGCAAAGGAAUUAGCAGACCUCUUGACCAACCCACCCAGUAAACUUACUGUCUUCAAUGGAUGGGAUACGUUUACUUUCUUAGCCAUGUCCCACGGAGCCGAAGCAGGUGUUUGGGGAGUAGCUUCAUUGGUUCCAAAGGAGUGUGUCGAAUUUUGGAAUACUUUCAGUGUCGAGAAAGACUUGGAGAAGGCUAGAGAGCAAUGGAAAUUCCUUUGGGAAGUCAGUAACUUUUUGGAAAGUGUCAAUUAUCCAGCUGGAAUCAAGGCUGGUCUUGAUAUCAUUGGUGAGUACGCGGGCACUGUACGUCCACCAACACUUCCAAUCGAAAAGGAAGAGUACGACAAGCUUGCUGAGAUUCUUUCCAGAAGAAAAUAUAAGUAG